AAUAAUGGUCAUUUCACAUGAGACGCUCUGACUACACUCCUCCUCAAUACUCCAGCUGAGGAAAUGGGCUCAAAAAGUAGUCUUCUCUUUUUUCUUCUGUUUACGUACAACUCCAUUGGUAAGCAAGAUUUUUGCUCCGAUUCCACUGAAUCUUUUGGAACUCCAUUUCAAAACCGCGCUUUGGUCGGUUACAUAAUCAAGUCGUUGGUAACUCGGGGAAUUCUUUCCUGUAAUCACAAAUGUUUAUCUCUCUCCUCGUGUUCGUCUUACAACUAUCAAGCGUCAGCCACACAAGGUGGCGUUUGUGAGUUAAAUGGUGGAAAGAGAAAUAUUCACCAAAACCUGGUGAAAAGACAUGGAUUUGUUUUUGUUCUCGUGCGACGGAAAGUCAAGAUCACCCAAGCUGGAAUCUGCCGAGAAGUCUUGCAACUGGGAACGAAUCAAGCAACACAAUGGUUCCCAACUGGGAAUAUUAUGGACUAUGUCCUGGACGCAUUAAAAAGCUUUUAGACAUGCUGAGCGGGACGAUAGAGAAUACGCAGUUACGUGGCUCCAACAGCAGAGUUUAAUUCAAUAACAUAACCAGAAUGUGUCCGACCACCGGCGUCGUAACCGAAGAACAAUUUAAAAAACACCUGUAUUUAUGCUAGACUCUAAACAAAUGAUCUAACAUUUUGUUUAGAAAUCCUUAACCCCUACUGGCUGCCAAUGAGCUCAUUGUUGUUCUAGGCCAUUUCAUCAAAGGCAAGUCAGUUAUUCUGCUCGUAAAUAUUUACUACUUACAACUUCAAGCCAGUUCUCACCACUGUAGUACAAGGUGAUGCACAAUAAUACAGAUAGACAUGUGGUUACCAUGACUAUUGGACUUUAACUUAGCUGCCAACUGUUGGCUUUCUUAUGGUUACGAAUAUCGGCAAAUUCUCCCCUAACGUGCUCCGUAUCCUGGCACCGCUGUAGCUUAAAUAAAUCAUUGCUCUAUGCAUAGUUAAUAGAGAGGAAUGAUUAUGAAGCCUGGCAAACAUUAAAAACAAAGAUGCCAAGAUUUAUAGUAGAAGGUCAAGAUCGUGCACAGUCUUUUGUUUUACAUUCAUACACUAUGCAUGAACUAAGUACGCCACCAAAACGUUUUUAUUGGUUAGUUCUUCAUUCCAGAGUUAACUAUUGUGUUUUGUGCACGGUCAAGGCCAAAAUCGCGAACAAAAACAUACAACAAAGAACUUUGUCGGGUUUCUUAACCAUUCCCCUCUAACAACCAUUUUCGUCAAAAUUUUUCUCUCGAAGUGAACGAGUGUACGUUUUCUAACUCUGAUUUUGCGUAGCAACAAAGUUAUCUGAACGUUUUUUGACGAAAAGAACAGCAUUGCGUUAAGCCCGUAUGGACUGUAUAUAAUUGGAUAUCACGGGCAGGAGUGUGUCAACACACAUAAAAGAAAAAACUAUAAAAAGAUCUGUCAAGAAGAAGACUGUGAAAAGAUCUGAAUGAUCUGGAAAACGAAGUUUCAGUUUUGCGUCAGUUCUCCGUUUGAGAUAAACACUUAUAAUUAUAUCUGGCCGUGUGAAAACAAGUAGAUUUGUUUCUUCAUGAACCAUACCCGAAGGGUAAGUUCUUGUUAAGUUAUGCGUAUCUGGGAGUCAAGCUGUUAAAGACAAAGCAAACUUAAAUUAAA